AUGGCUUCCCCGCGGAGCUCCGGGCAGCCCGGGCCGCCGCCGCCGCCGCCGCCGCCGCCCGCGCGCCUGCUGCUGCUCCUGCUGCUGCCGCUGCUGCUGCCGCUGGCGCCCGGGGCCUGGGGCUGGGCGCGGGGUGCCCCCCGGCCGCCGCCCAGCAGCCCGCCGCUCUCCAUCAUGGGCCUCAUGCCGCUCACCAAGGAGGUGGCCAAGGGCAGCAUCGGGCGCGGCGUGCUUCCCGCCGUGGAACUGGCCAUAGAGCAGAUCCGCAACGAGUCGCUCCUGCGCCCCUACUUCCUCGACCUGCGGCUCUACGACACCGAGUGUGAUAAUGCGAAAGGGUUGAAAGCCUUCUACGAUGCAAUAAAAUACGGGCCGAAUCACUUGAUGGUGUUUGGAGGAGUCUGUCCGUCCGUUACAUCCAUCAUUGCAGAAUCUCUCCAAGGCUGGAAUCUGGUGCAGCUUUCCUUUGCUGCGACCACGCCUGUUCUAGCUGAUAAGAAAAAAUACCCUUAUUUCUUUCGGACUGUCCCAUCGGAUAACGCGGUGAAUCCAGCCAUCCUGAAGCUGCUAAAGCAUUACCAGUGGAAGCGAGUGGGCACGCUGACCCAAGACGUGCAGAGGUUCUCCGAGGUGAGGAAUGACCUAACUGGGGUUCUGUAUGGUGAGGACAUUGAGAUUUCGGACACCGAGAGCUUCUCCAACGAUCCCUGCACCAGUGUCAAAAAGCUUAAGGGCAAUGACGUGAGGAUCAUCCUCGGCCAGUUUGACCAGAAUAUGGCAGCAAAAGUGUUCUGUUGUGCAUAUGAGGAGAACAUGUAUGGUAGCAAAUACCAAUGGAUCAUCCCAGGCUGGUAUGAGCCUUCCUGGUGGGAGCAGGUGCACACAGAAGCCAACUCAUCCCGUUGUCUCCGGAAGAAUCUGCUUGCCGCCAUGGAGGGCUACAUCGGCGUGGACUUCGAGCCCCUGAGCUCCAAGCAGAUCAAGACCAUCUCAGGAAAGACUCCACAGCAGUAUGAGAGAGAGUACAACAACAAGCGGUCAGGCGUGGGGCCCAGCAAGUUCCACGGGUACGCCUACGACGGCAUCUGGGUCAUCGCCAAGACGCUGCAGAGGGCCAUGGAGACGCUGCAUGCCAGCAGCCGGCACCAGCGGAUCCAGGAUUUCAACUACACAGACCACACACUGGGCAGAAUCAUCCUCAACGCCAUGAAUGAGACCAACUUCUUCGGGGUCACGGGUCAAGUUGUGUUCCGGAAUGGGGAGAGGAUGGGGACCAUUAAAUUUACUCAAUUUCAAGACAGCAGGGAGGUGAAGGUGGGAGAGUACAACGCUGUGGCCGACACACUGGAGAUAAUCAACGACACUAUCAGGUUCCAAGGAUCCGAACCACCAAAAGACAAGACCAUCAUCCUGGAGCAGCUCCGAAAGAUCUCCCUACCUCUCUACAGCAUUCUCUCUGCCCUCACCAUCCUGGGGAUGAUCAUGGCCAGCGCUUUUCUCUUCUUCAACAUCAAGAACCGGAAUCAGAAGCUGAUAAAGAUGUCGAGUCCAUAUAUGAACAACCUCAUUAUCCUCGGAGGGAUGCUCUCCUAUGCAUCGAUAUUUCUCUUUGGCCUUGAUGGAUCCUUUGUGUCUGAAAAGACCUUCGAAACACUUUGCACUGUCAGGACCUGGAUUCUCACCGUGGGCUACACAACGGCCUUUGGGGCAAUGUUUGCAAAGACAUGGAGGGUCCACGCCAUCUUCAAAAAUGUGAAAAUGAAGAAGAAGAUCAUCAAGGACCAGAAACUGCUGGUGAUUGUCGGGGGCAUGCUGCUGAUCGACCUGUGCAUCCUGAUUUGCUGGCAGGCUGUAGAUCCCUUGAGGAGGACUGUGGAGAGGUACAGCAUGGAGCCGGACCCAGCAGGACGGGACAUCUCCAUCCGCCCUCUCCUGGAGCACUGUGAGAACACCCAUAUGACCAUCUGGCUUGGCAUCGUCUAUGCCUACAAGGGGCUUCUCAUGUUGUUCGGUUGCUUCCUGGCUUGGGAGACGCGUAACGUCAGCAUCCCUGCCCUCAACGACAGCAAGUACAUUGGGAUGAGUGUCUACAACGUGGGGAUCAUGUGUAUCAUCGGGGCCGCCGUCUCCUUCCUGACCCGAGACCAGCCCAACGUGCAGUUCUGCAUCGUCGCCUUGGUCAUCAUCUUCUGCAGCACCAUCACCCUCUGCCUGGUGUUUGUGCCCAAGCUCAUCACUCUGAGAACAAAUCCAGAUGCAGCAACCCAGAACAGGCGAUUCCAGUUCACUCAGAAUCAGAAGAAGGAAGAUUCAAAAACGUCCACCUCAGUCACCAGCGUGAACCAAGCAAGCACAUCCCGCCUAGAGGGCCUGCAGUCUGAAAACCAUCGCCUGCGAAUGAAGAUCACAGAGCUCGAUAAAGACUUGGAAGAGGUCACGAUGCAGCUGCAAGACACCCCAGAAAAGACCACCUACAUCAAACAGAACCACUACCAAGAACUCAACGACAUCCUCAACCUUGGGAACUUCACUGAGAGCACAGAUGGGGGAAAGGCCAUUUUAAAAAAUCACCUCGAUCAAAAUCCCCAGCUACAGUGGAACACAACAGAGCCCUCGCGAACAUGCAAAGAUCCUAUAGAAGAUAUAAACUCCCCAGAACACAUCCAGCGCCGGCUGUCCCUCCAGCUCCCCAUCCUCCACCACGCCUACCUCCCGUCCAUUGGAGGCGUGGACGCCAGCUGCGUCAGCCCCUGCGUCAGCCCCACCGCCAGCCCCCGCCACAGACAUGUGCCACCCUCCUUCCGAGUUAUGGUCUCGGGCCUGUAAGGGUGGGAGGCCUGGGGCCGGGGCCUCCCCCAUGACAGAACCACACAGAGCAGAAGCUACAGGAACACUGUCAGCUCUGGCUGCGGAGAAGCUGGGCGCCACGGCUGGCCUUGUGGGACUGCUCGAUGGCACUCAGGUGGACGGGAUGGGGGCACUUGGCACCUGACCUCGCGCCUUAUUUGUGAAGUUUUUAUUCUUUCACAAAGAAGAGGAAUGGAAAUGACUUCUUCCUUGAUGUCUGCAAAGAAGGAGGAGCUGGGAUAUUUGAAACUUUGCAAAAAAAAAAAAAAAAAA